AUGGCUCUUCCAGGACGUGAAAGUUUGCCCCUCCUGAGCGAGGUUCCCAUCGAAGGCAAAAACACUAUGUGUAAGCGAAUAAGCUUAGUGUCUGGAGAUGGACCGGAGGCUACAAACUCCUCUUCUGAGCAUUCUACACAUCGGACUCUAAGCGUCGCUGAGAGGAAUGACAUCUUCCUUAAGUGUACUCAAUUCGAUUCCAAGGGGACUCCUUAUGGAAUGGGCCAAGUUUCACAGGUUCAGAAAGGAAAGAGGAAGAUAUGCUAUGCUGAAUCUUCUACGUCAUCGCUGUUAGAGAUCCAGGACGAGUUUAAAUCAGCUCGUCAAAAGAUUGCUGAAAACGAAGCAGAAAAUCAGCGCCGUGAUGAGGAGAAUCGACGUCGUGACGAGGAAAAUCAACGACGUGAUGAGGAGCUAAGGCAAAGUCAGGCUCGGAUUGCUCAAUUGGAGAAGUACUUUCUGUUUAUGAAGGACAACAAUCCCAACCUCACUGUUUACAUGUCUGACUCCUCUGCCUUGGAUGCUUCUACACCAGCCACAACCACAGCCACACCUCAAGCUGAAGACAAUCCUUUGAAAUUUUAA